UCGUAUGUGUGUUUACCAAAAUGGUGAACGUCCGUGUAACGCUACGAGUGACUCCUCGUCCCGUCGUCGUCCGUUGUGCGGGAGUUGCGGCCGUUCGCGACAUUUAAAUGUGUAAAUAGCGGUACCGAUCAGCUGUGCUGCCGCUGCUGGACACCGCCGCACGAGCACGGUGUGACAAGCGUACCACAAUACAAGCAUCACGAAGCGACGCGUUCCGGGCGAGUCGAUCCGCGCGCGCGUCGUCCCCGUUUUUCCUCCGGUGUUCCUCGCGUUACUCGCGGUACGCGCUUUCCACGAGCGAAAGUUGGAAAGUGGACGCACGCAGGCACGAACGAACGAACGUAGAAUAGUUGCGAAGCUGGAUGCACGUUGCGACGACGCUCAGCGUCUCGUCCCUCGGCCGUGCGAUCUCGCGGGUGCGAUUCCUCGUGCGAGAGAUGCCGCGAUCCGACGACAUCACCACGGGAGUGACCCGAGGCUUCCGAAGAUCCAACUCCAAUAAUGCCGUGCGCAAGGUACACCAGUAGUUACAGGUGAUCUCUGAUAUCGAUCAGUGCGAAUGAGAAGCACUUUGAUAAGGGACAUCUAAAUGCCAGAAGGUGUCCUUGUAUAGCGUCUCGAGUGCCACGGCCAGGCAUUGUUAAACAUGGCCACGUAUCAAGUCGACUACCAGUGGGCUUAUUCCAUAAUGGAUUCAUCUAGGAUAUCCACUUUCCUAAUAUCAAUUUUACUGAUAGUUUAUGGUAGUUUCCGAUCUCUAAAUAUGGAACAAGAAGCGAGGGAAAGGGAGAAGGAGAAGGAACGUAGUAAUUUAUUGACCGGGAUCGCAAGUAAUGGCAGCACUGGUAAUACGGACGGUGCCAAUGGAGGAAGAGUUCAAACUCUGGAUACGAUGCAUGCUCUCUGUCUACCUCUUGGUGCUUCCAUUUCUCUACUCGUCAUGUUUUUCUUCUUCGACAGUAUGCAGAUGCUUCUUGCAAUUUGUACAGCCAUUAUAGCUACAGUUGCAUUGGCAUUUCUUUUAUUGCCUAUGUGUCAGUAUAUCAUCAGGCCAUGCUCGGAUGGCAACAAAAUAUCCUUCGGUAUCUGUGGGAGGUUUACCGGUGCCGAAUUACUCUCAUUUUCGCUCAGUGUGAGUAUCGUGUGCAUCUGGGUCUUGACCGGACACUGGCUGUUGAUGGAUGCGAUGGGUAUGGGCCUGUGUGUGGCAUUUAUCGCAUUUGUUCGACUACCUAGUCUCAAGGUAUCCACAUUGUUAUUAACCGGACUACUGAUUUACGAUGUCUUCUGGGUUUUCUUUUCAUCUUAUAUAUUCAGCACAAAUGUAAUGGUUAAGGUAGCGACUAGGCCUGCAGAUAAUCCAGUGAGUGUCGUAGCUAGAAGGUUACAUUUAGGUGGCGUAGCCAGAGCCGCGCCGAAACUACCCUUACCUGGUAAACUGGUAUUCCCGUCGAUGCAUCAGGCAGGACAUUUCUCAAUGUUGGGUCUGGGCGAUGUCGUUAUGCCGGGCCUAUUGCUCUGUUUUGUCCUGCGUUACGACGCGUAUAAGAAGACUCAACUGUUACCUGGUGGUUGUGAAACCGGGGUACCACCGCCACGUCAUCUCAGCCGAAUUAGUUACUUUCAUUGCUCCUUGAUCGGUUAUUUUCUCGGUCUACUUACCGCCACUGUAAGCUCUGAGGUGUUCAAAGCUGCGCAGCCUGCCUUAUUGUACCUUGUACCUUUCACUUUGUUGCCAUUACUCACAAUGGCAUAUUUGAAGGGAGAUUUACGUCGGAUGUGGAGUGAACCAUUCAUAUCUCAACAACCUUCGAAACAUAUGGAAGUUUGACAAGAGUCAUGGCUUCCUGUAUAUUAUACUGUAUUCGACGCAAAAUUCUUACAUGAGAUUCAUCACCAUGUAACUUUGCAUUCUUAUUUUCAUCAAGGUCAUUUUAUGUAAGUAAUUUUUUCUACAUAUACACAUCAUAUACAUAUAAUAUAUAUCCACAUUCUUUUUGAAGUCAAUAUGACAUACAGAGAAUAAUUCAGAUCUAAAGAUCAAUGCAAUUUUUUGCGGUGUGAGUGAAAAUUGUACCGCAUGAAUAAUUUAAAUGUAAUAUAAUGUCACACGAGUGUAAUGUUAGCGCUGCAGAGAAACUUUUUACCAGAACGAUAUAGGAGAAAAAAGGGUUACAUUCAACAGAAAUAGAACCUUUACAAUCGCUGUAAGAUUUCCCGUUGAACACAAUAUCUGGCGGUUUAUAUUUUUCCAAUGCGUUAACUGAGCGGUCGCCAUCUUUUUCAGCAUAUUAAAAGUAUGCUUAAUAAGCGCAAGUAGCGCAAGUAGCGUAAUGGAAACAUAACUACUUGUAAUCGUCAAAGAGAAUGUUCAGCAGAACCUUUCAGCUAUUGGAAAUGCACCGAUGCUAAUGUAGCGCUAACUUUUGCUGAACGCAGCCAUUGAUUCUCUGAAAAUAUUUCCAGAAUGCCAAGUGACACAUUAUUAUCGGCAUUCUUUCUGUGUCUUAACUUGAUGUUGAGGAUAUGAAUAUAUAUUGUGCAGUAGAUAAUGCAACUGAUAAUUAUUGUCAUUUAAAACAACUAUAUAACAGCUAAAAACUAUGUAUCAUGUUAAUUUAACGAACGACAGUCUUUCACUUCUACUGUAGGAUUAUCAUGAUGACAAAAAAAAAAACUGGAAAAGGUUUCCGAAAUAUUUAUCUUUAUUCACACAAAAUUGAAAUUUUACCUUGAAAUUCGAUCUUGAAAUUCAAUUAUGGAUGGAAUUGAGAUGUUCUUUACAAAAUAUUAUUUUGAUUUGUUAAUCAGAAUCGAAUUACUUGUACGUAAUAUGUAUAGCUAUGUUUAGGAUAAUUUAUAUAUAAACUAUCGAAACGUAUGGAUAAGAAUCCAAUACACAUGUGCGUGUUGGUUGUGACUUUAUUUUAAAGUUGGUUUAAUAUUGAACAGAGUAAUAUAAUACUAUUACAUGUAUAAAAAAGCACAUAUUGAUUAUCAUUUUUAUAUAUUUAAAGGCAUAAAUUAGCAAUUCACGGUAAUAAGUAGCACGCCUUUUGAUAUUAUGUUUUAUGUUUUUAUUGUUUGUUCGUUGAUAAAAAACAAAGUCUUUUUCGGAAAAAUUAUCCAAUAUUGUUUUCAAAGUGUAAGUAGAAUAUAAUGUGAAAAUUGCGUUAUCAUUGAACGUAAUUAACAGUGAGAUUUAUUUCUAAACGUGAAUGUCUAAUCAAGCUCCUGCUAUGGAUAGGCUGUCAGAAAGACUAUAUGUUUAUUUAAGGACAAGACUGAAGAUAAUAUGUAUGAAAGCCAAUUUAUUAGGUAAUUUCUGAAAGAUAAACGCGUGUGAGAUUUUCCAUUCUACCUUUCUCUUAGAUCCAAUUUAUAGUAUCUCAUAGACUAAUAAUAUAUAAUCUAAUAUAUAUAUUCUAAUAUA